ACAAAGGAUCCGACUGCAUCCACAAUCCACCCGGAACCGCGGUCUCAGGGUCGCAUUCGCACCGCAUCACCGCGAUGGACUAUGCCGCAGCCGCUACUAACGCGCCGGCGCCGGCGCCGGCGCCGGGCACCGAUCACGCCCACUACCCGCACCCUUACGCUAGCUACUCCUACCCCUACGGGGCCUAUCACCAACCAGCCCCGGCCACGUACGCCUCCGUCGCGGCCGCCGCCUCGUCAUCCUACUACUACCCCGUCCCUGCCGCCGUGCCGUCCACCGCCGUGCAGUACGACCCUUACUCGGGUUACCAGCACUACAGUCCCCCGGAGGGAGGAGGCGCCGCUGGGGCUGGCCUGGUGGGCUACUACUUCACCGUCGGCGAGGCGCCGCAGCAGGCCGCGGUUACAUCGACGACGCAAGCUGCUCCGGCGGCGACUACGAAGGAGGCGGGCAAGCAAUUUGGUUUCGAUCCCCAGCGCUACGCGCAGGCAGCAGUUGCCAGAGCCUGCAAUGGAAUAACACAACCAGCUGCAGCCCCAGGCAUGCACCAUGCCCAGUGGAAUGCUCAUUUUGGGCACCCUGUGCCAAAAUAUGCCUUGAGGAAACAAAUGAAGAAAAAGCCAAAGGCUCUGCAACCAGCACCAUGUGAGGUGUGCAAGAUUCAGUGUGAUACACUAGAGGUGCUCAUGAUCCAUAAGCAGGGGAAGAAGCACAAGAAAAAUUUGGAGAAAUUACAAGACUCGAUCACCCCUAAACCAAUUAUAAAGCCCCCAAGCAAUGUCAUUGGUCCAAGUAUGGCACCUGCUGCUGUAUCCAACUGUGUGGUGCCCUGUGUACUGCCGAAGAAGAAGAAGAGCUGCUCAGCAGAAACCCUGGAAGAUCUAGAGGUGAAGAAGAGGCGAGUGCUUGAGGCUGGAGCAGCGCAGGACGAAGUAAGAAUCUGCGGAGUGUGCAAUGUUGUCGUGAACAGCCAAAAAGUGUUCGAGUUCCACAUUGCGGGGCAGAAGCACCAGGCCAUGAUACAGAAGCAGCAAGCGCUACAUUUUGUCACAUGAUGCAGAGCCAUUUUGCUUAUUGUCUUUCGUCUAGUCUCUUCUUGCUUGUCCGGAAGUUCCUCGGGAACUCACAAUAUUCAUGUCUUCAACUUUGUUAGCUAGAGACAAGUUGAUAACAUUCCCUCGUUGUUAUCAACUGGUAGCGUACCAAAAGAAUCAGAUGAUUGUAUGGACUUUUGCUUGCCGUUCAUAAUUAGUGGAGGGCUGAAAGUCUGAAACUGAAAAUAUUGUAAUGUAUGUCGCAAAGUUGUUUAUCAACAUGCUUAGAGCAUUUGAGUCUUUGUAAAGGUCACUCUAAAUUUUGGAGAGGUAUUUGCAUAAAAAUCAUUUUCUAUAUA